AUGGAAGCCGCCAGUGAGCGAAUUAAACAACUUGAGUCAAAGCUUCAAGAUCAAGCAUUACACCUUAGUGAAUAUGAUCUGACGCAGAAGCGCCUAUACGAGAGUGAGAGAACCCGAAGACUUGAGGUAUCUGCUCGGCUCCGUGUACAAUGCCACCUCAAAAUUGAACAAACCAAAUCCCUGGAGUUCGCUCAAAAGGCGAAAGAUUUGCAAGAGCGCUUAAAAAAGAUGGCGGGAGAUUACACGGCCUUGCAAGCCCACUUUUUAAAUACCAUACAUUCGAUAACGACAUUUAAUGGUAUAUUACGAAGCGAAACUGACGAAUUAUACCUUCAAGUUAUGCAAAAUAAGACCGAAAUCAUUCACAAUCAGCAAGUUAUUCAAUCUUUAGCUGGUAAACUAUUUUUAUAUGAGGAAAACGCACAUAAGGUUCUCGAAUCUAUUAAAUUGACGCAGUGGAAAUUAAACGACUCAAAGAGACCAGCAGAAGAGACAGAUGCGAACGAUCGAGUUCCAAAGAGAUUGAAGGAAAGCCAGGUCUGA